AUGGCUGCGCCAGACGGCUUGAAGAACGCAUCGCCAGCCGGUGCUAAAUUCGAGCCAAAAGAACAGCCGACCCAGUUCCCCGCCGCCAAACAUCCGACCCCCUCGCCGCUGCCGCCCUCGUUCUCCCUCCACCCUAUAUCUCAGUUGCAAGGUCCAUUUGAAGAGUCGGUAGCGGAGGCGAGCGAUAUCUCUGCUAGCGAAUGGGUGGUCGAACUGGACGCGCAGACCCGCCGCCGAGAUCUGCUCGAGAACGAUGACUACGAACGGCUGUGCGGAAGAAAAUGGCGCCAGAGGGCAUCGGAGAGAUACCAUCCUUUUUGGAAACUGGUUUCCCAAAUGUCGUUCGGGGUUCAUCUCCUAGCUCACCGAUUGGCCAAGUCCGAGCCUGAAGUCAUGAAGAUUCUCCAAGGCCAUGUUGACGAGUUGGAUGGCUUUUUACAGCGAACAACAGAGGAUUUCCUUAUCAUCCAGCUCGAUGUCCGAACUCGGAUUCAAUAUCUGACACUACCAUUGGGGAAUCUAGAUGUAUUUGACCAAAUGCUUGAGGACCGGAAUUUUCGCCUGGCCUUAGUGUCCUAUAAUGACCAGAUUGAACAUGCGGUCGAGCGAUUCACUAUGGCUAUCACGGAUGCGCUCAAGGACCUCUCGAAAGGCAAGGAAGCGAUGGGGGCUCUGUGGUACUACUUUCACCGACUGGCGGAUGAAGGCCGCUUCGGGACUGAGAGCCUCCGAGCUUUCUAUCAAGCCAUGAUGGAGAAUUUGGAGGGUUGGAUUCUGGCCUUGUCUAAACUGCGCCGACGUGGCGCGGCACUUCAAAAGGCGCUGGGCCAACUGGCGUUUGCAGUGACCGAAAUGCAACAGCGAGUAGGAGUAGCGAGUCGAAAGGAUACACGAUCAUUUAUUAAAAUGGCCAGCCGCAACCCCAGUCGAUCUCGAUCAGUUAAACAGAGAAUUCUUGCGAAAGUUCCAGGUACUUCGCCCGCCCUUUCACCCUCAAACAAACCAUUGCCGCGCGACCCUCUUGCAGUGCCCAAGGCCCGCCCCGUUUCCCGCAAACCUGAAACUACACCGAUUGCAGAGGAGGGCAAUGAAGAUGCUGGUAGUCCGAAGAUCUCUUCCAAGCGGGAGAGUAUCAUGCCAAAGGUUCUGAAUCGGGCCAAGUCGUGUGGUGCCCUCGUGGCGGAAGUUCGUCCCAACGACGGGGCUUCUCCUCCUAGAACGCCCUCGCGGCUUACGCGAAAGCUUUCCAAGCCCUUUCUCCCCAAACGAUCUGUUAGCGAGAAGGUUGAUUUGAGAAACCGUCCCUCCACGGCACCUGGUCCAACCCUCAAAUCCCGGAGCGCCUCAAUCGAACAAUUGAAGACCUUAUGGGCCAGUGGGCGUCCGCGGACCCAGCAGUCAACAAUGAAGCCGCCUUCCGGGCCGCGUCCACAGGCUCUACAGCAAUCUUCUGAUAACUCGGAGACUAUGAAGGAUCAGAUCUCACAGUUUCUCAAAACCGACCGUGUGGUCGAGGCAUGGGACAACAUUGCCAGGACAACCGGCUGCUGCGGGCGGACGCUCGCAAAAACCAAGGAGUGGCCAAGCAGUAUGUUCCGCGCUAAAUCAUCAGAUCAAUUGCAAGUUCAUUCAAAUGACCGAUUUUCUGGCGUGGACCUGGAAAGACAAAUGUCAUGGGUUCAAGAGCCGGAAAUCUUGACCACCUAUUCGUUCAAGCGGCGGCCCGAGACUUCUCCACGUAUUCACGUUUUGUCUGUUUCAAUGAGCCUCGACGAGGAAUUGGAUGGCGAAAGUGGCGAAAGAAUGGGUAGGCCGUCUUACGAUCCGGGAGACUUUGGUUCCAUUAUUACUGCACUUCCAGCUGUUCCCCCACCGACACCCGCAUUGGUUCCAUCGGUUGCCACUUAA